AGCAAGGUUGGGAUUGGAUGCGGGGCUUCUUCUGUAGAUAGUAGGCUUAGAUUUAUGUUGUUCGGCCUUGUGCUGUGGUCUGGCUUCAUGCCGUUGGGAGUCUGCCUUCAGAUCUCGCGAGCAGAAUCCGGUGGCCGUUGUCGUCGUCCUCUGCAGCGUCUUCAUCAUGGAGGCAAAGGGAUGGCGGCGGAUCUGGCGAAUCCCCUCUCAAUAAGCUCGCAGUGGCACUUGGAGACGCCGCUGUGGUGCUCCUCCCCUUCCCUCUCUGCCGUCAUGUGGCGGCCGGGGUAGCGGUGGAGAAUCGCAGCAAGUUCAGCUCCAACAGUGCCUCUCCUCGUCGGAUCUAUAUCUCUUGCGAGGAUGGGGUCCGUCCCUGCUCUCGAGGAGGUUCUCCAGCUUCUCCUUUCUUUGCAUGUUCCUUCAGCAGAUGAGAAGCGGCGGAGUUGAUGCAGAUGGGGAUGACGCUCGUCACCAACGGUGGUCUUGGAGAGGCUACGGCGCCUACGGUGGCCAGCCGGUCCUGCCAGCAAUCCGGUGCAUCCUAUGGCCGAAGGGCGGCCCUUUUCAAUCCUCCCGGCUAAGUUGCCACAAGGGAGGCACUACAACUAUAGUGCAGAUUCCAUGGCAUACAACCUAUAGCUCUAAUACCAUGUUGAUGAUAAUUAACUUGAUAUUAGUAGGAGGCCAAAGCCAACAUAUAUACAUGUACGAGAGGAUGCCAAAAGGCUAGAAUACAAAAGGCCAAAGAUCAUCAUCAAUAUAACUCUAACAGAGGGGUCGUCGGACCAAGUGGUCUCGUCCCCGGCGCGGUUGUUAAGGACCCGAUUGCAUUUUACUUUCGUCUUCUGGGGUCCUCCUUGCAUAAGUCAGGGAUCUGGUUGUAAUCUGUAUUUUUCUUUGGGUCCUGCUGCUAGAUGCUCUGUACCACCGCUGAAAUAUUAAUGAUGCAUCUGGGGCCUUCGAGCCCCUACCAGUGUUCAUUUUUUAUUUAUUUAUCGGCUGAUACAUAAUAUUGGUUUGUAAUAAUUAUGUUUUUUAAUACACGUUAUCAUGAUUUUCUAAAAGAAACGCUUUAGAGUUGCUUAUGUUGCUAAUAACCAAUUGGCCAUAGUAUAUUUUUUCAGCAUUGUUAUGUGUGCAGAUUUUUGAAGUUGGUGAUGUAGUGUCAUUGGAUACUUCACGUGAUGUUGGUGCCUCUAAUAAUCGCCGGCUUGCAGCUUUGUACUGUAAUAGUAAUUCUGGAUUUGAGGAAAUUAUGGGUUUGGUGGAUAGGAUUGUCAAAAUCGUGAGAGCUCCACACAUAAAUUUCGGCCAGACUUACUAUGUUCCUUCAAGUGAACCCGAGUUCUUUACUAAAAGACAAUGCAAAAUUGUUAUGAGUGAUGGAAAGCAGGUUGGCUACUUAGGAAUUGUCCAUGCUGAGGUGCUAAGAAAAUUUGGCAUUCUGGACCCCUGCACCUUCGUUGAGAUUGACAUUGAGGCUCUUUUGUAGCUGCCAUGUAUAUGAAUCAGGGGAUUCGCCUGUUGGUUUUGUUCACCUGAGUACCUGACAGUUUGGCAGGCGUGUGGUAUCUCAACACAACAGGACCCCCAUUUUAGUUUGGACACUACAUGCUCAAUUGUAGUAGCUCACAUUGGUGCUUGCAUGUUUGAGUUGGAAAAGGAAGAAGUAUCAUGAUACUGUAGAUGCCUCAGCUUUUUGUGAGUGAAAGAUGUGCCUUACUUUGUUUCCGUUUUGAUACAAUUAUACAGCACCAUUUUGGCACACAUGUUUCUAUGAAAUAUGCCAGUUAUUAAUA